AUGUCUCAGCAUCAACAAAACACGCGUGAAAUCGAUUGCAACGCGUCCGCUUUGCUUGUUCCGGCCGGUUUACGACGUCUUGUGGUCGGUUUAAAUGCAAUGAAGUUGAUCUCUCGCUGGGGCUCAGGCUGUCAUCGCGCUGAUCUCGCGAGAUCUGACGUUCACUUUGUAAGGAUAAAAAGCAACAUGGCGGACCGGCUCACGCAGCUCCAGGACGCUGUAAACUCGCUUGCAGAUCAGUUCUGCAAUGCCAUCGGUGUGCUGCAGCAAUGUGCCCCCCCAGCCUCGUUCAGCAACAUACAGACGGCCAUCAACAAGGAGCAGCCAGCCAACCCCACAGAAGAAUACGCCCAGCUGUUUGCAGCCCUGAUCGCCCGGACUGCCAAAGACCUGGACGUGCUCAUAGACUCUUUACCCAGUGAAGAGUCCACCGCUGCACUACAAGCGGCCAGCCUCCGUCAGCUGGAGGAGGAGAACCACGAGGCGGCGGUGCGGCUGGAGGAGGUGGUGAACCGGGGGGACGGCCUCCUGGAGAAGAUCCAGAGCGCCCUGGCCGACAUCGCCCAGUCCCAGCUCCGCACACGCAACGCCGCGCCAAGCCAGCCCUCGCCCACCCAGUCCUGAUCCCCGCUCCUCCACCCGUCUCCCAGCGCCGGCUGCACUCAACCCCACCCUCCCACCUCCACCCUCCACCCUCUCACCUCCACCCUCUCACCUCCACCCUCCCACCUCCACCCUCUCACCUCCACCCUCCCACCUCCACCCUCCCACCUCCACCCUCUCACCUCCACCCUCCCACCUCCACCCUCCCACCUCCACCCUCCACCCUCUCAACUCCACCCUCUCACCUCCACCCUCCCACCUCCACCCUCUCACCUCCACCCUCCCACCUCCACCCUCCCACCUCCACCCUCCCACCUCCACCCUCCCACCUCCACCAUGCCUUCCCGGACGGCCCCCCACUCGACUUGUUUUCCACACAGGCCUCUAAAGACACUUUUCCUCUUUUUGUAUAUAAAAUAUUAACCUUAAAAGACGAUUCAUGUCUGUUUGCUGGGUUAAAGGAAUACGUGUACACGCACAUACGCACACACACACACACACACACACACACAUGCACACACACGUGUGCGCAGGGGCCUAUACGAAUCUUGUUAGGCUUUACAAAUGAACUUACAAAAGCAGGUCCCGGAUGACAGAUGGCUACACAAUACCACCACGGGCCUGCCAGGUCCCAUUGUGGCUCUGAUAUCCUGUAGAGGGCUGGAGACUUGGAGAUUGUGUAGUGUUCACAAUGUGUCCCAAGCCCGGGCAGGGACACGGAUUAAUCAUUUGUAUGGCUGUUUUUAAUCUUGGGCACGAUCAGAAGUCCUGCUUCUCGCCAGUCUGACACGAUGUUCGGAAAAAAACAAACUUUCCACGGCCACCUCUGGCCUCGCUCAGUUAAAGUUUGAGUUUCUUUCACUUUGUAUGAAUGUGUCGACUGUCCGGUCGGGAGAGUUGUCGUUUUUUUUCUGCCUCAAACUUGUACCGCCCGACUUCCUGUUAACGCGGAGAGGAAUGUUUAGCAGCAGCUCGGAGGUGGCCGGCUGUGGGAUGAUCCCGUUGGCGUUUCAGGGACUGGUGCACAGAGUUCCAGUUAACACCCUCCUUUCUGCAGUGAGGUUAGGGUUAGGGCGUCGGCAGAGACGCCUCACACUUCCUCCUGCCUGUUUGUGAGAGAUGACGCUGAGGGGGAACAUAACCGGGGGAGAGAAAACGUCCCGUGAAGGAAGUCAAAUCUCUGAAAACCGAAAUGGGCCAGAAAGAAAAAGACGCGAGUCCCGCAAACGGCUAAUCAUGAGGUUUAGCUGCAUUAUUAUGACAAGGGCAUGAAGGAGGAUGAUGUGUUGUAUAUAAAACACUUCAUCGCCUUCCUUAUCUAGAAAACUCUUUCUGCAGGUGCGAUCGGACUACAGGUGAGUUCCAGGUGUAACCAUUGGUUGAAACCUGAUCCAACCACAACUCUCGUUUUGAAUGUGUAAAUAGAUACCCCCUUUUUGUAUGCUUUUCAUGUGAAGAUGUAUUUGUGCUGGUUUCAUUUAAUUAUGUCUUUGUGUGUGUGUGAGAACUGGUUUGAAGAGUUGACACACAAUGUUGCACAACUGCCUUAAAACCUGCAUACAACGUUUUUCAAAUAAAGUCAAAGUAUUUGAAUUGGA